AAAGAUCUGAAUCGCUUCGUAACCAAACCCAGCUGCGGUUCUGCUGCGGGCUGCAGCCUCUCCGUACGUGCGUGCGUGCGUGCAUGGGUGCGUGCGGGUGCGUUUUCAUCUGAAUGAGGUAGACGGAGAGGAAGGGGUUUCUGGAGAAGAGAUAGAGAGGGAGGGGAAAGAGGAGAGGGGAAAAAAAAGUUUGGUCUUCUUUUCCCCUUGACUCUUUUUUUAGGCAUGAACGCCGAGACCUGUGUCCCAUACAGCGACAUGACAUCCAUGGAUUCAUAUUAUAGCCCCUCUGCUGCUCAAGGUAGGGAUCACCAGGCGGACCACUUUAGGACAUUUCCAGCUAGUGACAUCAAAUACAGCUCCACCGCCUUCCUGUCCAGCAAAGGUCAGGCUUACGGCGAGAAGUCCCGGAGCCCCUUCCAGCAGGAGUGCCAGUCAUUGGAUGCCGCCGCAGCUGGGCAAGGCUCUUUCAGCAAAUACCACCUCUUCAUGCAGAGGUCCUCCUGCAAGACACCGCCCGCGGAAGACAAGCUACUCCCGGAGAGGGGACACAACGGAGCGCUCGUUCCGUGCUAUGGUAAGGACAGUUCAGGCCUGACAGACUCUGAUUUGGCCCCAGACUCUGAUCCACCUGGAAUGGACUCCAGAUACUUGGCUGUGAAGGACCAAGGUGUCAAGGCAGCCUCUGAAAGGUCGCCGAGCAAUGACUUGGCGAGUCCGCUGGAAAAAGUCGACGGUGGCGAAAGCAACAAGGGCAAGAAGAGACGCAACCGCACCACCUUCACCAGCUACCAGCUGGAGGAACUGGAGAAGGUUUUUCAAAAGACGCACUAUCCUGACGUUUACGCCCGGGAGCAGCUCGCUUUGAGGACUGACCUGACUGAAGCCCGAGUGCAGGUGUGGUUCCAGAACCGGAGAGCAAAGUGGAGGAAGAGGGAACGAUUUGGUCAGAUGCAGCAGGUCCGAACGCAUUUCUCCACUGCUUACGAGCUGCCGCUCCUGACGCGUCCUGAGAACUACGCACAGAUCCAGAACCCCUCCUGGAUCGGCGGCAGCAGUGCAGCAUCUCCUGUCCCUGGCUGCGUUGUUCCCUGCGACACCGUGACCACCUGCAUGACCCCACACCCCCACUCUGCCAGUGGGGUCUCUGACUUCCUGGGCGUAUCGAGCCCCGGGGGACACGUUGGACAGCCUCACAUGGGCAGCCUGUUUGGCGGCUCUCCUGGCAUGGCUGCAGGCAUCAACACAUACGAUCUCAACAUGGAUCCCGACCGCAAAUCCUCCAGUAUUGCUGCUUUGCGUAUGAAAGCCAAAGAGCACAGUGCUGCCAUUUCUUGGGCAACAUGAUGCGCCGAUGCACGCUGGAUGGGGGAUCUUACGCAAACUAGGGGCACUUAAUUCAAAACUCUGUAGGGAGAAGUGACUGCCUUUAUCAAUGCUGCAACACAAAUGAUUAUGAGCAUCGGAGAUGGCCAGGUUUCAGUGUCUCUGCUGGAGGAAAGUCGGUGUGAAAGCCUGAUAGAAAGAAAUGCUGUGUAGUCCUAAAGACAGACAAAGAGGAGGAUUUCAAACACUCUCAUGCACUUAUUUGCCCACGUUUAUUGUCUGUGCAUCGCUAUAAGUGUAUUCCGUUUGGAGUUUGGUGCUGUUUUCAUUUUUACUUUAUUUAAUUUUUUUGUAGAAUUUUUUUUUUUCUGAAUUCUUUGUACUUUUCCAGAUAUUUCAGCCAAAAAAACAAAAACAGAAAGUCAUUGUUAAUUUUUUCAAGCCACAAUAAGUUCUCUUUUUUCAUCAACAAUAUUUUUAGCAUUAGCAAUUUAAAAAAAAAAAAUCUGAAAUACUGGGGCUGUAAAGCAAAACAAGUGUUUCAGAAAAUCGUCCUGCACAUCCAUCACGUCUGGAAGCUCCUCACUUUCAGCACAGCUUUUCAGCAAAUACUGCGGGUUUAGGAAAGUCUAAACCCACAAGUGAUUCUGUUUCCUCACAUUUAAAUGUCGAGUGGGUGAAAUAUGGUUCGGCUGAGUAUGAUCGAGAUGGGAGAUCCACUUGCUGCACUGAGUAGGCCUGCUGAUGCCCACAGAAAGGAGCCGAUGGACGAGGAAGUGAGAGGGGAGGCGCACAGCAGGCCUGCUGCUCUCAGGGCCUGAGAGCCUUGAAACAGACGUGCCUCUCUUUCCAAAAAGGACAUUUUCUCCAAUAAGUGGACUCAACUGAGCCCCCUUGCCUUGCUUCAGAGAAGGAAGCGCCCUCUACUCAGUCAGACUGUCAGGAAUAACGCAGAAACAAGCAAUCCCCGUGUUCGAAAGAGAGAAGACCGGCACAGAUUACAAAGUGUGCGUUGACACUUUGAAGCUUUUCAAGGACUUGUCAUUGUUUAACUUUUAAGGAUUUUCAACAAGAAUGUGUCUCGCUGUCAAAGCAGUUAAAUUAUUAAGAAACCACAGUCAAAGCUGAACAGGUGGUAUUUUUAUCUUUUGUUUCCUAGUUGCUCUAUUCAAAGUACUUAAAGCAUCAAAGUCACUGUUAAUUGAAUAACAUCUUUAUAGGGGGAUGGCCAUGUUAUUAUUAUUAGUUAUUAAUUCUAAUCUACAUUUCAGGUGAAGCAUGAAAGAAGCCUGUCAAAAAGUUUAAAUCUUUGACGUUCAUACAAGAAAAACAUUCUGGCAGAGUUUUAGUAUGGUCGUUACAGAACGAAAAAAUAUCCUUGCAAACAGAUUCAAAGAAAAGGAGAUCAUUGUAGAACAGCAUCUAAAGAUACUAAACAUGGAGCAGCUUUUCAUAAAGAUUUCUAUUAAGUCAUUAUGUUUUUGUGCUGUAAAAUCUAUGCUUCUGACAACGGGUUACCCGUUUCAAACACAGGCCCACAGCAUGAUACCACCUUUGCCACAUUUUUGGUAGACUCCUCAUUCUAGACUUGCUGAUCAUUUUUAGUAUAGCCUAAUUAUACUGGUGCCUAAUUAAAACAUGGUUAAGAAAAUCUUGGCCAGUUGUCUCAUGGCCUGUUCUUGACUAAAAGUCUGAUGUUUUCAUCAUUAUGACAAAGAAACAGAAAUCAGCCAAUUUCCACAUUGAGAAAUUCAUAAAAUUGUGUGCUAUACCAAAUUUUCAAAUUUGGCAUAAUACAUUUUUUGUCAAAGAAAGAAUUGUCAUUUUUAUGUUAAAUUUUUUU